AUGGAGCCUUCACUGGAAGGUGCUCAGGAAAUCCCAGUACAUUUCGACUGCAGAGGCGGAGGCACGGAUCUUGCGGUCCUGUCGGGCAGCACUGAAGCCGUGGACUUUCUGCUGCAAAAGAGGGCCAUACCGGAGCACGGCAACAAGCGGACGCCACUCCAUCUGGCGGCACAGUGGAACCACGUGGGUCCUUUGCAGGCCCUGGCUGCGUUGGGCUUCCUGGAGACGGGCGAUUGUGACGGCACUCGUCCGCUGCACCUCGCCGCCAGGUUCGGGCACGAAGAGGCCGUGAAAGCUCUGCUAGGACUCGGCGCCGACGUAGCUGCCAAGACCGUGUUUGGCCGCACAUCCCUGCACUGGGCGGCGCUGAAUGGGCAUGCAAAGAUGACCAAGCUGCUUCUGGAGAGCAGAAGCCCGCCUGACGAACGUGACGGGGCCGGGUGGACGGCAUUCCAUUGGGCAAUCAGACGUGGCCACGAUGACUGCGCUCGUGCACUCCGCGACGGUGGUGCCGACAUCCACUGCCAGGACCUGCGCAGCAGCCGCAAUGCGUUGCACAUCGCAGCGGCCGCCGAUUCAAGCCCCGAACUUCUUGAGGACCUAGCCGCGUGGGGCGUCGAGCUGCUCGAGACCGAUGUUGGCCAGAAAGUGCCUUUGCAUCUUGCAGCGCAGUGGGGCAAGCUCCGGAACAUCGGCAAGCUGCUGGAGAUGAAGAGUGACGUGGAAGCGCGCUGCAGCCACCAACGAACUGCGCUUCACCUUGCCGCUCGGCGGGGGCACGCCAGCUUAUGCACGAAGCUGGUGGACGAGGGUGGGGCCGAUAUCCAUUCUGCUGAUGCCACCGGCUCUACACCCUUCGCGCUUGCUUGCAGGUUUGGACACUUCGACAUCGUUCUUGCCAUGGCCAAGUGCCGAGUGGACAUGACCAGCAUGGAGAAGGACGGCAUGACAGCCUUACACUGGGCGGCGCGCUUCGGUAACACAGCGGUUGUUCGACACAUGGUCGGACUGCGUGCUGAUGUUGCCGCUGCGACGCGAUAUGGACGACAUCCUCUGCACUGCGCCGCCAUAGAAGGGAAGAAGGAAGCCGUCGAGGCCCUGAUCAAGCUCAGGAGCAACGUCCACCAUCCACAGAAGGAUGGAUGGUUGCCGAUCCACUUGGCCAGCCGCUACAAGCACGUGUCUGUGAUCAUGACCCUCAUCGAGCACCGAGCAGAUCCGAAUGCCAAGGGAGUGAAUAACAAGACACCCGCACAGCUCUGCGCCCGGCAAAAUGGCUAUUUUUCAGACCUCGGCUUUGACAAGCUCCAGCAAGAUGAGAGUGGCCGGCAUGCCCUGCACACAGCGGCGAUCCACGGCUCGGAGCGGUGGUUCAAUGGGUAUCAAGCAGCAACGCGAAACCCUGCCGGUGUGCAGCUUAUACUUGGCUUGGCGACUCCAGACGCGCAAGGGCGGACGCCUCUCCACCUCGCAGCUGCGUUUGGCCGGCACCUGGUAGUGAAAGAAAUUCUUGCGAGGUUCCUGGACGAGAACGGCAGCUUCAACAGGUGUUGGCAUCGGGUGAAGCUUCGCGGCUUCUACAACAGAAUGGAUGAUGAGGAGGACGACGAUUCCUCUGAGCCCCCGCCGCUGCCAGUCCUCACGCGGGAUCGGAAGGGUCGGCUGCCGCUGCAUGCCGCGGCACUGGGCGGCUUCCCCACGGUUGUUGGCCAGUUGGUUUCCUUCAUGUUGGAGAAGCUGGACUGCUCAGUUGCAGACAUAUUACGGCCUGACGAUGAGGGAGCCUCUGCCCUUGACCUUGCUUGCCGCAGACGUGACGACGCAGCGGCCAGGCGCCUUUCCGAGAAGCUGGGAGUGGAGCUACCUUUGUCGUCCAGAGGCCGAACGCCGCCAUCGACCGGCGAUGAGGUGUGCCUCAAGCGCGUGCUGCAGCUUGAGCACGGGACCCUGUCUAAAGGCACGCUUGGCCGGGUUGAGGCUGCAUCUGACAGUACGGUGAAGCUGCAGUUUACUGAGUCCACGGUCGAUCACCACGCGCUGACAAUGGCCGAAUAUAUGCUGCAUUGUGCUACAAAGCAAAGGUACAUCGUCAACUUUAGCCACCUGAAAUGCAGGAAAGGGCGCCGAUCUUUGCGGCUCGGAAAGCGCCGCGAGAUGCCCGGAAGUCCUCAACGACUGGAUGACGACGGCAGUUGUUCUGAGCACGUCGAGGAAGGCACUGUGGUGGAGGGCUUCGACCUGGGGGACGCAUGGCUUCUCUCCGAGGGCGGCUGGCUGCCCACGCACAUCCAACUCCGGAGCUCCAGAAGCCUUCCAGUUCUCUCGGCAUGGAAUGGCCCGCCCAUCAACGUUGGAGAUGUCGUGAUGACUGUCAAAGAGCUUGUGCUGCCGGCCAUUGGAGUGCUGAAGCCGGACUCUGUCGGCAUCGUCCGGCGCAUCAACUCGAACGAAGUGCUCCUGAAACUUGAGGCAGCCAAAGGAGGUGGCUGCACAGUCUCGCUGGCUGACACAGUCUUUGCCGAGCACAUGCAAUUAACCGGCUACCGCUGCAUGAUGGAGGACCCCUACCCAAGUGCCCCGCCAGAGGGCAUCUUGGUCACUCACAGAAAGCACGGCUGUGGAGUCGUGCAGCACAUUCACAAGACCUCCAAUGGGACGACCCGGGGUUUUUCGGUGAUCUUCGGCGACGAGACAAGGAGCCAGCUGCCUGCUGACCGACGCGGCCUUCGCUUGAUUUGCACACCUCCCCCGCAGGAAAUCGCAGCCUAUUUUCGGAAGAAGGAGCAGAUACUGCGCCGCAAGCACCCUCACGUGUCAGCGGUGCAGACAGGGACAUGCCAAGCAUCCGAGACAUGA